AUGCACGAGACCGACGUUGCUCAGCGUACAAAGGCAUCGCCAGCCAAUGUAUCGGACGUCUCUUCUCCUUCGCUCACGUCAGCGCAGUCCGUGCGUGACGCCCUCUCUGCCCUUGCCCCUCAUGCACCUGAUGCCCAGCCCAAGUUUGGCAUUCUUCAUCGCGUAUACGGCGAUGAAAAUACUCACUAUAUGGGCCAGGGCGCCUCGCUGCGAUAG